AUGAGACCUGCAACGAACCCUGGAUCAUUUGAGCCACCGGAAAACGAUUCUGGAUGGACACGGACACCAAACGGAGUGUUCGCCACGGACGAUGUCGUUAUUGGCGCCGAUAGACCAGCGGCAAAAUUGACGGUUGAUGGGGAUAUUUACACCAGCGGACGAGUUGUCUGCCCAUCGGAUAUUCGUCUCAAGGAAGAUAUCACCGAUAAAGAAACGUGUGUGGCGUUGGCCAACUUGUGCAAGUUGAGAGUCGUUGACUAUCUCUAUAAGCCAGAAGUUGCGGCGAAAUGGGGUCUCACCGAGGAGCAACGCAAGAGAACUGGUGUUAUUGCGCAGGAACUCGCGACCGUGAUUCCAGACGCAGUUCGCGAUCUUGGAGAUUAUUUGACAGUCAACGAAUCGCGUGUGUUUUAUGAAACCGUUCUUGCAACUCAAGAGCUCUGUCGUCUCACUGGAGAUCUUGAUCAAAAAAUUAAUGAGAAAGUCGCUGAAAUUGGCCGCCGUCUUACACGAUAUGCUCGCCAAAAAAAGAUUGGCUCGUCAAUAAGCUCCGACUUGUACACGGUAACUUCUGAUGAUUGGACGGAGGAUUCGCGCUCGUUGAUGACGCUUUCGAGAAACACUCUCAACACCGAAACGCCAGUUGAAAAUAAACGACGCUUUCGUCGCGUGAAGAAGAAAUGCACUCCGCAAGGAAUUACUACUGAAAGAAAAUCAUGGGGAAGCUCAAUGACUCAAUCGACUAUUGUGACCCUUGUCGGAAUCAUGGCAAUUUGUUUGAUCGCCAUGUGCACCUUAUAUGUUCUUGACUGGCACAACCGCAACUAUGGAUCGGACAAAGGAUCUGCCUCGGAACCUGAAAUUUCAGCGGGAAUCUCUAGUGAUCAUGAAGGACCCGCCAAUCUUGUAGAUUUGCCACUAUCUGGACCCAAUAUGCCGUAUUAUCAAAUAGAUGCUCCUCCGUUAAUGCCGAACUGCGUAACACCGAAUUGCAAUAAAUACCCGUGUCUCGCCGAGCCGAGUAAUGGAGGAAAACCAUUCGAUGUGUGCCGCCGAAAUGAUAACUUGACGUUUGAUGAAUCGAGAUAUGCUGUCCACUCCGAUUUUCCUGGUGACGACCUUGGUACUGGUGUUAGAAUAAGGAUCCCUGAACAUCUGAUGACUAUUGGACCAAAGAAUUGCUAUGAUAAUAGCUGUGAUCGACACCGUGGAGUCUACAACCUAUACAUUCCUAUCACUCACUACUUUCCGUAUGACGAACUUGAGAUUGAUAUUGAAGUCCCAGUUGACAAGACAGUAAACGAUUGUGGACCAGUUCCGUACUUCUAUCAUCGAGUAUGCACGAACGCAUAUCCAUCAGAGCAACAGCUGUAUUCAAACAUGUUAUCUCCCAUCACCUAUCAAGUCAAUGCCGGCGGAUUCCAACAGGUUGCUUAUCGCUACCGUGUUGGACCUUCAACAUCGCUGUGUGACUUUGAUGAUUAUCCUGGAACGUAUGAGGAAUACAAUUUGAUAUUCUAUCGAACUUGUGCCAGGAGCAUGACUGAUGGAAAAUAA